AUGGCGACGCAUGGAAAAGGAAGAGGCAGGGGACGAGGAUUACUGGGCCGUGAGGUCGAGGGGGAAGGGCUACCUAGACCUGGCGGUGGAGAUCCGGCAGCAAACAGGAUCCCAGUAACCAAUGGCUCAGCAGAUGAAACAAUACCUUCUGAACAAGUUCCAAAACCAUCCUCUGCCUCAUCUCAGGAAAGCUUGUCCGAGAUUCAGUCACUUCUUGACAACCUUACAUUGGAUAUCUCAGACGAAGACCUAGACAAAAUUUUAGAACUUUCGGACCAAGUUGCUGAAGAUCAAGAGAGCAUUAAACGUCUCAGUGAGAUGGUGUAUUCCAAAUGUGUAUCAGAUAGAGAGUUCGCAAAAACUGGUGCAUUUAUAUGUGAUAAACUAGCUGCCUUGGAAAUUAAUGGAACCAAGUUUAGAUCAUCUCUAUUGUCACUUGUGCAAGCUGAUUAUAAAGAAAAGGACAAUCUCAGGUCUCAGUCCACUUCGAAAUUCCUCAACUCAUUCAGCAUGAUGUGUCAGAUAUUCGGAACGAUGCGGACAGCAGGAGGGGAAGUGUUCAAGCCACUGGUCGGUCCAGUGUUUGAGUUUAUUAUGGUCAUAAUUGAUGAUCCUCAGUGUAACAGUGAUGAAUAUGAGGUGCUAAAUGAACAAUUGCAGUCUAUAGGGCGAGACCUGGAACUCAAUGACAGGGAAAAGAUGGAGCAGCUAAUUGAGAAAAUCAGACUGAAGAUCAUCAAGGGGAACUCAACAGCCCAAGCCAGAUGUACACUGCUAGAAGUUGUUGAAUGUUAUUGUCGGGGCUGGAAGAAUUUAUCCAACGAUGUUACGAGAUUUUAUUGCGAUACCAUGAUGGACAUUCUUACAGACUGAAAGCUAAAACCCUCUGUGAUUUAGAUUGUUUCCGUCUAAAUGUGAAUUAUAUUUAAAAUAUGUGUUUAUACCAUAUCACAAAUAUUCUAAAUUGAUUUUGAAGUGUGAAUUAUGUUUUUCAAACAUAUUGCAAAUAUUCACAAUUAAUUUUGAAAGUGUGAAUCAUUUUUUUUAAUUAAUAGUGAUAAUAAUACUUAAAUGAAAUAGCAGCUAUUUUUAGCAUUUUUAAGAACAGAAGUGUGAAAAUUUUGUCUUGCACAUAUCCAAAAUAAUUUUAAAAAUCUUCAUAGUGUACAAAAGUGUGAACUAUGUGUUUCACAUAUUGUAAAUUACAUGUAUUAACAACAGAAGUGUGCAUUAUGUCUUGCACAUAUUGUAAGUUACAUGUAUUAACAACAGAAGUGUGAAUUAUGUCUUGCACAUAUUGUAAAUUACAUGUAUUAACAACAGAAGUGUGAAUUAUGUCUUGCACAUAUUGUAAAUUACAUGUAUUAACAACAGAAGUGUGAAUUAUGUCUUGCACAUAUUGUAAGUUACAUGUAUUAACAACAAAAGUUUGAAAUAUGUCUUUAGCACAUAUCACAAAUAGCCAUCACAAGAAGAAAAGUGUGAUAAUAUGUCAUUAUAUCUACAUAUCAUGUAUAUUUUUGCAAGUGACAGAGUUAGCUAGUUUGUUUCUUAAGAAAAAUGUUGGAUUGUUUUGAAAGCCGUGGUGUUGUUGUCAGUUUCAGCAGCGACGUCAUAUUGCAGAAACUUUAAACUUGGCCACUCAAAAACCAUUUAAGAAAUUUAAAUGAAACUUGCCAGAAAUGUUGCUAGUAGUGGUUAAAAAGGCCUUUAACUGUUCCUUGAUUAAAUGUAGAGUUACGCCCCUUUAUGGACUGAAAAGUAAUAGGCAAGAGAUGGCUUUCGUUCCACACCGCUCUAGUUGUAAGUUGAGCUACAAAUGCAAUUUGCAUCUUUAUUUAAAUCUAUUAUUUUGUGAUAUGUUUAAUUAGAGCAAAAAUGAAGUAGUUAUUGAUUUCAUUUAUUAUUUGAUUCACUGUGGGGUUUUAAUUGUAAGAUCAAAUUAUUUUAGAGGUGCACAAUAUAGGUUGAUGAAAAAAAGAAGUUUUUUAUUUAAAAAAAAAUAUUAGCAUUAUUUUGUUUUUUUAAUUGGGGAACGUUUGGCCACACUGCUUUUAAUUAAUAACAUUAAUGAAGGUUUUAAUUUAAUUGAUUUUCAAAUUUAAGUAAAUUUGUUAACAAAUGUAUGUUCUAAGCUCAAAAUAAUAUUUAUCUGUAUAAUAUUGAACAACAGGGAUGUGAUAUGUGCGCGGAUUUACGCUGAUUUAAUGGCCCCGUGGACAAAAAAGGCCCGUUUUCCUUAUGCGGCAAGGUGCUUCACCCCUUUGAUAUCCCUAUGGGGGUGCCUAGAGUACACCCCCCCAACCCCCAAACUCAUUGCCAAAUGGUUUCAUCCCUUCAGCUGCCAGGUCAAUCACAUCCCAGACAAAUGAACAUGAAUAACAUUUUGUCAAACAGUACACACAUGUACUUUCGAUGCCACUUGGUUUGAUAGCAAAUUACAGUAGAUAAUUUGAGCGCAUCUGUGUUUUGAUAAUUGUAAAUAAUUCAUUUGUUGGCCCUUGAACAAAAUAAAAAUCAUGCUGCCUUGUUAUGCUUUGUUGUACAUAAAUUGUAUAUUUUAUCAGUUUUCAUGAUAUGUUUGCAUUUUUAAAAUAAUUAUUAGCAAUUAUUGCUGCUGUUUCAGGCAGGAGGCUGUCCAAAUGAAAUUGCUGGAAGCCACUCUCACUUGCCUGAACACGUUAAUAAUAUUAUGAUGAUGAUCUUUUUCCCUAGACGUUUUAUUAAAUGGGAUUCGAUCCCCAACAGGGGUACUUUAUAAUGGCCUCUCGAAACAGACUCGAGAGUUAUUCAUAUUAUCUUUCAGCUGUCUUCAUAAUUGAGCUAAAAUAAGUAUAAACUAAAUACAUUGUAAAACGUUUCUAUGUAUGACCCUAUUUUUAAUGUGAUUGAGUCUUUUAAUAAAGGUUUCUUUGCUGAACUGUUCAAUAUUUUCUUGCAUACAAUGUAUUUUGGCGCGUGCAAUUCUAUUUUGGAAGUAUUAGCAUAUCUCUCUGAAGUUUGGCAAUAUUUUAUUUUUUAUAAAUGAUUGUAUUUGCUGAUACAUGAUUUAUGUGCAUUAAAUGCAAAUGGUAUUAUGAGCAUAGGGCAAUUCCAUUUUUCAAUUUAUACAUUCAACCCCUCCUAGGAAAGGGGUGGGAGCGUCCUCUUUGUAUUUUCUUUCACCCACAUUUAGAAAAAAACUCAAAACAGGAUUGCUGGGAUUUGACAUGCCUACCUGGGACCGCUUUAAUGUUAUAUUUGAAUAGCCCUUUAGAUGCUAUGCUUAGAAAUAAGGAAUUUUAAGAGUCUAUUGUCUUAAAUUUUUUUGAAUGUUUCAUUUAUUACUUAAGUUAAUUUAAAAUUGAUUUGUCUUAUCUUAAGAAUUAUUUAGGAAAAUCGAGAUAUUUUUCCUUCUUAGUUUUCUUUGAAAUUUAGAAAAAAAAUCGAUUUUUUUCUAAAUAUAUAUUUCUUAAGAUAAGAUAAAAAAAAAUCAAAUUGACUUCAUAGAUUUAAUAAUGUGCCUUUGUAAUUAACUCCAAUUAUUUUGUGCAAGUGUUUGUGCAAACUGUUUUUACUAAAUUAAGUAAAUAAUUUCAUUUCUUCCAGAAAUGGAGACCAUAACGAUCAACUACAGUCCAUUAUAUAAAUCUUGUUUCAUUUUAUUAGUUUCAUCAAGUUUUCCACCAUAGUUAUGGAUGGUCAGUAUUUGUCCAAUAAAUAUUAUUAAAGCUGCACUCUCAUAGUUGGACAGUUUUGACAUUUUUGAUCUUCAAAUACACUGGUUUUGGCAUCAAUGUCUUCAGAUCAUAAUUGAAAGAAAAACUGCGGAAAAUUUCAUUUGUGCAGUGUUAGCACGGCUUUUAGAGAAAAAAAACAUCAAUUUUCGAACAUUAGAAUGAAAAACUGUGAUCUUAUAUUUUUCAGCAGGCUAAUAUCACUAGUUUCCAGACUCAUUUCAAAACAAAAAAAAAUGAAAAAUAUGUCAAAGGGGUCCAUCUGUGAGAGUGUAUCUUUAACCAAUCAAAUCAUUUAAAACUGCAAACUAGCGUGAAGACAACCUUUAGAAAACACAUUUAAGAUUCAUACAAAUUGGCUGCAGUCCAUUCAUGAGAAUGAUUCAAAUUGUACAUGUUUGUUUUCAGUUUUGAUUAACAGUCGAACUUCGUUGGCUCGAAAUCCCAGGUACCGGCGAAAAAUACCUCAAGCCUCGAAAAAUUCGAGCAAAGCGAGAAUGCUUACAAUACCUUCAGUAUAAAACAUCGGUCCUUUACAUCCAGUUCGAGCCAAGAAGGAAUUCGAGCCAAGCGAGUUCGAGCGAACGGGGUUCGAUUGUAAUAAUUUUGUUCCCAAUGCCCGUAUAUAUUGCCAUUCUGUUUUCUUCAAUGAAAUAAAAUUCACUGGCAAUCAGUAAACUUC